CGCAUCCUGGCUAAGGCCCUGGCUACCCGCCUGGGCCCAGCGCUAGCACGCGUCAUCGACCCGGAACAGACAGCCUUCCUCCCCAAACGCCUGAUUGGCAAUGGAGCCCACCCUGUUUCUCCGCCUCCUGCCACACCUCCUGCGACAGCAGGGGCGGCAGGGCCUCAUUGCUUUUCUGGACUUUGAAAAGGCGUACAACACCGUGGACCUGACGUUCCUGUCAGAAGCCAUGGAGGCCGCUGGUGCAGGCCCUAACCUUCGUGGCUGGGUGCACACGCUGCUGGCGGACACACGUGCGCGAGCCCAGAUCCAAGGUGCCCACUCCCAGCCCGUGUCCAUGAUGGCUGGCGUAGGCCAGGGUUGCCCGCUAUCGCCGCUGCUGUACCUGUUUGUAGCGCAUGCGUUACUAUGCUGGUUACGGCACAAAGGCGUCGGCCUACGGCUUGACCCAGCAGAUCUCCAACGUGUGGCAGCAGUGCAGUAUGCGGACGACACUAAGGCGCUGCUGGAGGGCGAGCAGGAGGUUGUGGCUUUCCUGGCCGCCAUGCACACCUUCCAGCACGCCUCAGGGCAACGGCUCAACCUAUCAAAGCAGGGCCAGUUACCGCAGCAGCAGCCGCAGCAGCAGCAGCAACAACAGGCUCAAAUACAGACGGACACCCAACAAGCGAUUGACACGGCAGUGAUUGACUUGUGGGGUCGCUUAAAAGCAUUCACAGCACUGGGAGUGCCGCGGAAGGGCUGGGAUCAAGCCAUCACGGGCAGUGAUGAGGACUAAGCACGGUUCCGCAGGUGCAAGAGGGUGGGCUAGAGAGGGCCAGGGUUUCUGCUUUCUGUUUAUGUUUGUGGUUGGGCUGGGGGGCUUCGCCAGGGCCAGCGAUGCAGGGUGUGGUUUCCGCCAGAGAGCGGCCCCUGCUGGUCCUUUUGAGGGGGCUUGGUUAGCUUGCUUUAUGCGCCCUAAGCGCCUUGCUUUCCCUCUGUUGUGGCCAGGGGUGUUGUUUGUGGCGGGGCGGCCUUGUGUGUGUUUCUGGCCUUGGCAGGCGGUGUUUUCCUUGCGUGUGUUUUGGUCUGGUGUGUACGUGUGGUGUGGUGUGAAGGAGGCAGUUGUGUCUGCCCCUCUGAGGCUCUGCCCUAGCCUGCUGGCUGUUGUGCUUUCUUUUGGUUAAGAAGGCGUGAGCCUAGUGUCUCUGUGUUUCUUUUGUCUUGACCAGGACUGGGGCCUUAUCCCCUGCUGUGUCGGGCGUGCUUAGGGGUGAGCGUGUGGAACACGCUCACCCAACACUAGGGCUUGUCUGCCCUAGUCAUCAGUGGCUUCGCCACUAGCAAGUGUAAUUAUUAUCCCUCCCUCCCUCCCUCCUUGGUGCCACCGCAGGCCUGCAAGCGGCAGGAGGCAUGCCUGUCUGGACAUGCCACAUGUUGUGGCUGAUGCUGCUUGCAAUUUCAAAGCCCAUCAUACACAUAUAAUGCAAGCAGAAUGUGCUCAACAUGGCUGCACAUUACUUGACAGCGUGAAUGAUGCCUGGCCCUGACCGAUGAGAGGGGAGGGGAGCAGAGCAGAGCCACAUGGGAGACUGCAAGGGCUGGCACCACGGCUCCUAGCUUGUGGUUGCAUUACAAGCAUGUCAGCCAACAUGUGCAUAUGUGAAUACCAGUAUAAAAGGUCUUGCACAGGGGUGAGUGAGGCAGGCAGGUUGAAUGGUGGGUUGGGCAGCACAGCCCCCAGCAUGGGGACAAGGGGAAUGAGCAGCAUAUGUUUGCACACCAUGCAUGUGCAAUCUGCCAACAUACAACACAGCACAAUACAGUGUAGAGAUGGAUCAGGGAGAAUGACAAGCCACAGUGGUGCGAGUAUGCAGGGCCAUGGAAGUCGCAUCCCUUCCUGCCUGUUCAUGCAUAGUGACAAGGGAGCAGUGGGACACGCAAAGCCAUUGCGGUGUGCCCAAAUCUCGUCAGGGUCACCCACAAGUGGUUCAAGCAAUCAUUUUAGUCAUAGUAAGCUGAAUUAUACUGUGCAAAUCAUUUCUGACAUGUCACUCUUUCCAAACCCUGCAAAACCCCUUGAAACCCUGACUUAGGCCACCCUGCGCCAGGGGCCACGUGAGUGAGUGCAGCAGUCCAGCCACGCAGCCGUUUGGCCUGGCUAUUGACUAUAUACAUACAGCGGCUGCCGUUGUAUGGUUGGCAGAGCUGGAGGUCGCCAGAGUGCAGCGGUUGUCAACUUGGUGCCACCGCAGGCCUGCAAGCGGCAGGAGGCAUGCCUGUCUGGACAUGCCACAUGUUGUGGCUGAUGCUGCUUGCAAUUUCAAAGCCCAUCAUACACAUAUAAUGCAAGCAGAAUGUGCUCAACAUGGCUGCACAUUACUUGACAGCGUGAAUGAUGCCUGGCCCUGACCGAUGAGAGGGGAGGGGAGCAGAGCAGAGCCACAUGGGAGACUGCAAGGGCUGGCACCACGGCUCCUAGCUUGUGGUUGCAUUACAAGCAUGUCAGCCAACAUGUGCAUAUGUGAAUACCAGUAUAAAAGGUCUUGCACAGGGGUGAGUGAGGCAGGCAGGUUGAAUGGUGGGUUGGGCAGCACAGCCCCCAGCAUGGGGACAAGGGGAAUGAGCAGCAUAUGUUUGCACACCAUGCAUGUGCAAUCUGCCAACAUACAACACAGCACAAUACAGUGUAGAGAUGGAUCAGGGAGAAUGACAAGCCACAGUGGUGCGAGUAUGCAGGGCCAUGGAAGUCGCAUCCCUUCCUGCCUGUUCAUGCAUAGUGACAAGGGAGCAGUGGGACACGCAAAGCCAUUGCGGUGUGCCCAAAUCUCGUCAGGGUCACCCACAAGUGGUUCAAGCAAUCAUUUUAGUCAUAGUAAGCUGAAUUAUACUGUGCAAAUCAUUUCUGACAUGUCACUCUUUCCAAACCCUGCAAAACCCCUUGAAACCCUGACUUAGGCCACCCUGCGCCAGGGGCCACGUGAGUGAGUGCAGCAGUCCAGCCACGCAGCCGUUUGGCCUGGCUAUUGACUAUAUACAUACAGCGGCUGCCGUUGUAUGGUUGGCAGAGCUGGAGGUCGCCAGAGUGCAGCGGUUGUCAACUUGGUGCCACCGCAGGCCUGCAAGCGGCAGGAGGCAUGCCUGUCUGGACAUGCCACAUGUUGUGGCUGAUGCUGCUUGCAAUUUCAAAGCCCAUCAUACACAUAUAAUGCAAGCAGAAUGUGCUCAACAUGGCUGCACAUUACUUGACAGCGUGAAUGAUGCCUGGCCCUGACCGAUGAGAGGGGAGGGGAGCAGAGCAGAGCCACAUGGGAGACUGCAAGGGCUGGCACCACGGCUCCUAGCUUGUGGUUGCAUUACAAGCAUGUCAGCCAACAUGUGCAUAUGUGAAUACCAGUAUAAAAGGUCUUGCACAGGGGUGAGUGAGGCAGGCAGGUUGAAUGGUGGGUUGGGCAGCACAGCCCCCAGCAUGGGGACAAGGGGAAUGAGCAGCAUAUGUUUGCACACCAUGCAUGUGCAAUCUGCCAACAUACAACACAGCACAAUACAGUGUAGAGAUGGAUCAGGGAGAAUGACAAGCCACAGUGGUGCGAGUAUGCAGGGCCAUGGAAGUCGCAUCCCUUCCUGCCUGUUCAUGCAUAGUGACAAGGGAGCAGUGGGACACGCAAAGCCAUUGCGGUGUGCCCAAAUCUCGUCAGGGUCACCCACAAGUGGUUCAAGCAAUCAUUUUAGUCAUAGUA